AUGGUGAGAGAAAUUAGUAUUGAAGAAGUAAAAAAACACCGCGAUAGUAAAAGUGUUUGGAUAGUUAUACACAAUGAUGUUUACGACGUAACAAAUUUUUUGGAAGAGCACCCUGGUGGUGAAGACUCCCUUCUAGAAGUGGCUGGACAAGAUGGCACUCAAAGUUUUGAAGAUGUUGGUCACAGUGCUGAUGCUAGGGCCUUACUAGAGAAAUACAUGAUUGGUACCUUGCCUCAAGGUGAAAUUAUGAAUAAUGUGGCUGACACUGAAAUUAGAUUGAAGUUAAAAUGGGCGAUCCUGGCUUUAGCUGGCGCCAUCCUCGUCGGUGUAGUUUUGCACAGGCACUUGCGUCGUUAA